UGUGUAUUUCAAUGCCUUUGCUUAUUGCUUCUUCUUCUUCUUCUUCUUCUUCUUCUUCUUCUUCUUCUCCUUCCUCGCCCAAAAUUCAUUCUUUUCUUGUUGUUGGUUCUCUUUCCUGCUGUUCUUUGUCUUGAUGGUACUUUUUGGUGUCAUAAAAAGGGAGUUCCCUUGGGUCUUUUCUUUUGCAUCCAUUGCAGCAAUCAACUGUCCCUGGUACUUGACAAUGGCGGCAAAACAUGGAAAGAUAUACCUUUCGACGUUCUUCGGGUACCACAAUAUCGAGAGAUUCACGCAGGGAGUCAAUCAUCACGGUGGACGACCGUGGUGGUACGGUCUCGCUGUAGUUGGAGUCGGCUUCUUCCCUUGGUGUCUGUGGAUUCCCUCUGCCAUUUCAAGAGCAAUUCUUAGUGCACGAGCAAGGACAAUGUGGCAAGCAUCUGUUCGCUCGUCUCGCUUGCCGUUAUUCGCUACCAUUUGGUAUUCCUGUGUAUACACCUUCUUCACAUUAUCUUCCUCCAAGCUUCCGUCAUAUUACCUGCCGCUGGCCCCAGCGAUUGCCAUGCUGGCGUCUUCACAGCUCAUAUCCGAGUAUAAAUUUAAUGUGUCAAGGAGCUCCACAUCUAAUCUGCUUUCCAUCGGCGGGGCCAUUUUGCCAGGGUUGUUGUAUUUUGCCAUUUCUGGAGCAUUCUUCACUCUUCCAUCCCUUCUGGAGAAUUCUGGUGAUCUUCCGAGGGAGGGAGAGCCACUAAUUAUGGUCGGAACACGAAUGCCAAGUGUGGUUUUCUAUAGCAGGAGACCUGUGGCAUUUUUCGACAAGCUGGAGGAGGCAGAGUCUGUGGUACAGCAUGAAGCUGCUCCAGGCAUUCGGUCAGCAGUUGCGAUUGUGGAGAAGUCACUGUGGACACCAGGGACCAGGACAAUGGCAUAUGAUGAACUGCAGCAGAAAGGAGAUUACAUCCUCCUGAGAAUGCUUCGUGCAAUCGGAAAUUCAGUCAGUCAUAAUUGGGCCAAGGUAGGCAGAGGGGAAACAACAUCAAUAGGCAGCGCUGAAGGAUCAAGAGAGGCGUCCUAUUGGGGCCAAAUGCUCAAGCUGUGGAAGGACAUCUUCCCGUCCAGAGUUAAGGAGCCGCGUACGAGGGAGGAAGUGCUCUGUCAGCCCCUUUUCUGCAGCGCGAGAAUCCGAGACAUACAAGGCAAGCCACUCACACUCACAGCAAGAGCUACCAAGUGGGGAACUUGGGUGGAACAUGGUGUUUUGCAGAUUAAUCAUCUUAUGGGCGGACGAGAAGAAGCGGUGGAAGACAGCCAGGGAACUCGGAGCGGAACUGAAAGGAAGCCACAGACUGUUGAAAAACCUCAACGAUCUUCUGGAAUCGAUCCCGCAGGAAUGGAUAGGACUGCUACGAAAGAGACCUCGGUGGGGGCUAGGCGAUCUGGCCACAUGGCGGCAGGAGGAACAACCAUGGGAAACGUUCAGAAUUUGGAACCAGGAGCGAGGAAAGACGAGUGUGGCUGAAUGCAGACAUGUAUACCAUCGCGAGUCCGGGAAUUUAUUGUUUUGCUUUGGCAUAUAGCAGAAUGUGGGACGCUGGACAAUAAACUGGGUGCUAGGUGUUAUCAGCGAACACGUAAAUUGGGUAAUGGCUCAAGGUUUCCCAGGUUGAGAUGUGGAGGGAUUCCCUGCCUCCAGCUCUUGAUGUUAAUGAAAAACAAAACAAAAG